UUAUGUAUUCUUAACCUAAACGCUUUAAAGAUCAAUUGGGGAAAUGAUUAUAAAACUGUAUAUUGUGUAUUGUAUGUUUGCAUGCGUUAGAGCAGAAUCAUGUAAAGCAUUUCGAAUAAAAAAGGAACACUUAAAUAAACGUCUUAUCGGACAUGAAAUAACGGAACUGAUGGUAAAAGGACAUCAUGAAUGCGUUCGUGAAUGUUUUUAUCUGUCUAUGUGCAAAAGUACCGAUUACUUUAAAGGUGAAUGUAAACUGAACGACGCCGACAGUAAAUCUGCCGAGACGACGGAAUUCGAGAACAAGCCAGGAGCCGUAUACUCCGACAUCACAGAGUGGCCAAGUGAAAUGGCAGGCGUGUGUGGCAAGCGUCCAUGUUCAGAAAAACAAAAGUGUUUUCCAGACAAAGACGGGUUUCACUGCGUAAGUAUAGUAUGCGGAAGUGUCCCUACAAUAGACAAUGGUUUUGUUGCACUAGACAAGGCUGGAGAAAUGUCGCUCAUGGACACAGCUACUGUCAUAUGCCAUGACAUGUACGGGACCGACAAGCCAAGUAUCAAAUGUCAAGCCUCUGGAACUUGGGAACCAGUAUCCUGUAAAAGGAUAACUGACUGCAAAGACAUGCAUCGAUAUUUUCCUUCAUUGCCAAGUGACGUGUAUGAAGUAGAACUUUGGCAGUCUUUAAAUUCGUUGCCUGUAUACUGCGAUAUGGACACGGAAGGAGGGGGUUGGACAGUUUUUCAGUCUCGCUUCGAUGGUUCUGUAGAUUUUUACCAAAACUCGUUAGAGUAUGAAAAUGGAUUUGGGAAUCUAGAGACAGAGUUUUGGCUAGGUCUCAAGUAUGUGUGAGAAAUGGCAUCCCAAGGUCAAACGGAGUUGAGAAUUGACCUCACGGCAGCUGAUGGCACUAAUGCUUAUGAAACCUUCCAGAAUUUUUACCUUGACAAUGGACCAGAAUACACUCUUCACAUUGAUCCUGGUACUGGUACUGCAGGUGAUGACGUUUCACUUUAUGGUCUUUCUUAUCACAAUGACCAACAUUUUACAACAUACGAUGCUGACCGAGAUUCAGAUCUUCAACAAAACUGUGCCAACCAUGAACAUGGUGGUUGGUGGUACAAUGCCUGCGGUGGUGCCAAUCUAAACGGAGAAUAUGUAACACCUGGGACAGCGCAUCCAAGUGGUUUUUGGGUUGGAAUGAUCUACCACCAGUUCAAAGGUGGAGAAUCACUUAAAACCACAAAAAUGAUGUUUCGGCGAGUUUGAGAUCCUGAUCAAGACACACCUUCUAUGAUUUUCUGCCCACCAAUUAAUACUAUUUAUCCCAUGUUUGACGUCACGGGAAUGAAAUAAAGCCAUUACAUAAAAUUGAUAAUACACUAGAGUAAUAAAGCUUUGACGUCGACGUUGUUUAAAGUAUAGACGUUGUUCAAAUUGACUUGUUUAUUGUAGUAAAGAAAGUAGAAUUUUUAUGUUACGGCAGGAAAAGCUAACAUAUGAUAAAAAGAAUAUUACAUCUGUGACUUUCCACACUGAAUGUUUUAAACACGCAGAGCCUUGCAUUUUAGCUCACAUGAGCCAAAGUAUCAGGGUGAGCUAUUGUGAUCGCUCACCGUCCGGCGUCCGUCCACACUUUCCUUUAAACAACAUCUCCUCCUAAAACACCAAUUUUGAUGAAACUUCACAGGGACGUUCCUUUGAUGGUCUUCUGUAAAAAGUGUUCAAAAAAUUGAAUUCAAUAAAGAACUCUUGUUGCCAUGGCAACCGAAAGGAAAAACUUUUAAAAUCUUCUUGUCCAAAACCACUGGUAAUAGGGCUUUGAUAUUUGGCAUGAAGCAUAAUUUAGUAGUCCUCUACCAAGGUUGUUCAAAUUAUUCCCCUAGGGUCAAAUAUGGCACAUGGUUUACAUAGACUUAUACAAUGUAUAGGGAAAAAUUGGAAAAUCUAAUGGUCCUC